AUGGAAGGAGAAGUGAAGAUUUCAGCAGAAAAUAAGCAGAAAGGAAGGUUCCAAAGAAUAUGUGUGUUCUGUGGUAGUAGGGUUGGAUAUAGGUCUUCAUUUAGUGAUGCAGCUCUUGAGCUUGGUAAAUUGCUGGUUGAAGGGAAGAUUGAUUUGGUUUAUGGAGGAGGAAGAUUAGGACUAAUGGGUUUGAUCUCUCAAACUGUGCUAAAGGGAGGUCGACAUGUUCUAGGUGUGAUUCCAAAAGCUCUGCUGCCUCGUGAGAUAUCUGGGGAAACUUUUGGAGAAGUGAAAACAGUUGCAAACAUGCAUGAAAGGAAGUCAGUGAUGGCUAAACAUGCUGAUGCGUUCAUUGCCCUUCCUGGAGGCUAUGGAACCAUGGAAGAGUUGCUGGAGGUGAUAGCCUGGUCCCAACUAGGGAUACAUGAUAAACCAGUGGGUUUGUUGAAUGUAGAUGGGUAUUUCAACAGCUUGCUUACCUUAUUUGACAAGGGAGUGGAAGAGGGUUUUAUAGACAACUCUGCGAGGAAUAUUGUAGUCAUAGCAAACACACCAGAAGAACUGAUUAAGAAAAUGGAGGAAUAUGUUCCCAACCAUCAGAAGGUUGCAUCAAGACAAAGUUGGGCAAAAGACCAAUUAUUAUUAGAGACUACUGAAACUGGGGAGGUCCUGUGA